UGCAACCUUUUCCUCCUUAUCCGUAUAAGGAGAUCACACCAGUGUUAAAGUAUUACACUUUUCUGAUGCAAAGAACUAAUUUCAAACCUUUUCAAAUAUUGUAUGACAGCUACCCCGUAGAAAUUUUGAUAAGUAUACCAUAUAUUUACAUAAGCUCAGUGCAUGAGUGCACAAUGAAACGCAACAUACCAUUUGAAGCAUGUUUCACUGAUGUCAUUGGGUCUUUUUCUAUUUUUCCUUAAUUUCCUGCAUAUCAUUCUUUGCGUAGCAACUGCACUGCACUUGCAAUAUAGUGGUUCCUUGGGAUGUGACUGACCCCAUUCACUUGACUCCAGUCACUUCACAACACGCAAACGUUUGCCAGAUAUUGAACAAUUCUUCAAAAAAGAAGCUUCGGCUGUUUAAUGCUACUCCCAGUCGAAGUAACCAAACUCAGAAUUUAUCUUCCACCAGCUUAAUGCUAACACAAUACAAAACGCCUUACAGGCAAGUGAAACGCGUCAUUAGUCUAGUGUUCUAACUUAGGCAAUGGAUAUUUGAAAUGGUGCAUGAACACACGUAAGAAGACAAUACAAUAACACUCACAGGCGUGUUUUCUUUAUCCUCUGCAAAAAGUGACACAUUACUGCAGUUAGUCACUUCAGGUAUUUGUUAAAGUCUUCCUUGUGUGUGUUUUCAUGACCGUGUUAUACUGCCCUAGGUGACCAAGUUUGAACACCUUAACAUCAAAAAUUAAAUUCUUCCAAGAAUUUUGCAAAAUUUUAAUUGGUUAGCAGCGCCAUCAAUAAUUUGAAUGUGUCAGAGAGUGGAGAAGGGACCAUGCACCUAAAUAUGUAUAAUGCGGUCAGAUUUUGUUCAUGUACUGGCAGAAAUCUUGGCCCAUAGUCUUCCUGUAUUCACUGCCAAACUGGAAAUUGCCUGAAAAUUUCCAGUUGCGCUCUUGAAUAUAAUUUCCAGUAGUUAUUGUCACUGUCAAGGUUACACUAAUGGAACACAUGACAGCUUAACAAUUUUGAAAAUAUACAUCACUUCCAUUUAGGUAAUGAACCUCGCAUCUUGUGGAAGCUUUAACUCAUGACUGGCUAUUCCUGUUUCAACUCCAUUUGUAUCACUUUGAGACGUUGAAGCCCUGGCCUCUCAAUUUAAUGUUUCCUGUUCAACUUGGGAGCGUUGUAUCUUCCCCCGGUCACCCUGUCUGAUAGCCCUCAAUGUCUACAACAUCGAGCACCCCCAACCUCACACGCCAAACGACUUUCAUUGGGACGCGUGCGGCUGCACUGAGGCGUCCCCGUUAUGAGUGCGUGAAACCCAGCUGCAGUCGUUGCCUACGCCACCAGUAGGAGUGUCCUGGCAGUGUGUUCCUGUCUGUCACCAGCCCUCAGCUAUAAAGUCACUGUUAUCUCCACAGUUAAGUGCGGGCCACAGACGGAGGGUGAGCUCAAAGUGAGGCAGUAGAGACACCCUGUCCCGCCUGGCCCCACGGAACACAGGAAGCGGGACAGCGCCGGGUCCCUUGUCUGGCCCCGGAGCCCUCCUCGCUCCACGACGCAGGCGUUAAUGCGGGGAAAGCCUCGGCCAAAUGACUCUCUAAUUUCCCUUUAGGACUCAGACGAUCCCAUCGGUCCUUGAGAAUCAGACUGAGGAUUUGUUCAGAGUGGUUUGUUUUGUCUUGUCUCGCCGCGUCCCGCUCCGAUUCCAUCACUCAAGUUCUAGUUUUCGGCGCGCGGCCGCUAAAUUUGGGGAUUUGUGAAAAGAGGCAUUUAAAGAGCCCCAAGGGGAUAGAAGCUGGAGCCUGAAAAAACAUCUGACAUUUCAAGGAAGGGCCACAUGUACUGCCAUGGCUGCAGUUGAUAGAGAGCACGUUUCAAUGUCGAGAACAACAUGCUUCCUGCGUGUGAAGGUGCUUUAGUCAUAUUGCCAUGGGGUGUGAUGCCCAUAAUCUCUUCAUCUGCUAAAGGAUCUCAUUUAAAGUAACUAGGCUCGGUGUGUUCCGGAUUCAAACCCGUUAGCUUGCAUCGGGGGAUUAAUUGAGUGACUAAUGCACCCUGUGAAGCCAAACUGAAACAGCUGAUUGGCUCACACGACUCCUCACAAAUCAGUGAUGCAUACACACGUUGUGUACUGCAGACUCUUCAACAAUACAGUAUUGCUGGACUAUUUCAAACACUUCUAUUUUAGUCUAACACCAAAAAGGUUUAUCGCGUAUGACAAUGAUUCAAUGUAGAAUAUGAUGACACAGGGUUGAAAACAAACAACUUUAAAGGAAUCAGGCUCAGGCAAAUACUGGUACCACUUUAGAAAAGUGCUUGUAAAUCUCAGAUGACCUUAUGAAUUCUCAAUAAACGAUUUGUAAGACAAUGUAUUCGUUUCCGCCACGCCUGACUGUUAUCACGAUGAACAUCUACCAAUUAUACUAUAAAUGGCAAAAGGGAUCAGCUGUAGUUGGCCCUCUGUAUAAUUAGUGCAGGUACAACAGUUUUAACAAAGACAAAGUCAAUUCCGCACUCAGUAUUUGGCAGGCAGGAGGUGAGACUUGUUGUUUUUCUCAAAUGACUUAUAGUGGUUUAUUAAAUCUUGGAAAAAAGGGGUUCUCCGUCCUCUAUUUCCGUUCUUCCUGUCAAGGGAAGUUUUUCAUUGUCUCCAAAGUACUUGCUGAGGUCGUCUUCAGCUGGGCUCCUUCAAAGUGUGGGGAGCGCGAUCCUACUUGUAGCUGCUCCCUAUGGAAAGUGACUUGAGAUAACUUGUGUUGCAAAUUGGCGGAACAACAAUAACAUUCAUUUGACUUGUUACCAAACAGCUUGUAUUGUUACCCAAACACUGAAUACAACUUAAUGAUUUUUUUGGUUGUUAAAAGAUGUUCACAAAACGACACGUCUGCACGUUUGUUGACUUUGUGAUUUACAUCCGUAGAAUCUGAUAAUGUCCAAAUAUGAAUUCAUUUAAUUGUGCUUGACAAUAGAAAAGUAGUAAUCGAAGCGAGUUGCUAUUUUACUCACCUCUCGUAGUUAAAUGAGGUAUCCAAAAUAGUCAAACAGUUCUCCAUGUGGUGCUGGCCAGUUCUAAUUCAGGCAUUAUAAUGAAUAUACCCCAACCAGCCAUCCAUUUUCUUUACUGCUUGCAAUAUACCUGUAAUGACUUCCAUAAUAUGAACUGUAUCAAAUGUUCACAUUAACAAAGUUGCUUGUGCUCAGUUUUUUUGUUUGUUGUUUUUUGUUGUUGGCGCUGCAUCGUCAUGAGAGCCGUGUUAUGUAUUCCAAGUGGUACAAAAUAGUGACACGAGAGACUGAAAAAAAUAUUGUGAAUAGCAACUACACAUUUACAAAUAAACCAUAAACACAUUGUUAAAUGAAAGUAUCAUUCAAAACUGAGCGUUCUUUUCUUUCACUUUCUAAAGGUGUAUUUGACAGCCCCGGAUCGCAAUUGAUGAGAUUAUGAGGUGUGAGAGUGGACAUUAUCGAAAGCAUUGAUUAGUUCAUUUCAUUCAUUUAUUAAGUAAUCUGGGGCAUCCCGCCAAAUGAAAAAGAAUCCAUUCAAGGCAUACUGUGGAGUACAGUACAUAAAAGAGCCAUUAUCCUGUUCCUUAUACAAUGCUUCCUCAAGCAAUUUGCCAUGAAUUAAGUAAUUAUUUCUCUUUUUAUCGUGAGGCGUCGGAUUUAAAAAAAAAAAAAAACAUGAUUCUCCUUUUUGUACGUAUCCUCGUGACGCGGGGUGCCCUCUCCCCAUUGUGGCCACUUGGUUCAGCACAAGCCCAGCCUCCACUUUUGAGUGUUGACGCCCCCACACUGAAGUCCCUUGGCAGCUAUAAAAAGGCUCAGGACAGAUACCGAUCACACACGCACACACAACACACGCACCAACUCUGCUGAGAGCCCUCAUCCUCCACUACAGACGUGACGGCUUCUCAUCACCGUAGUUUCCAUAGGAACCAUUCAUGUUCAAAUUCUGCCGUCGUAUGGAGGGAAAAGAGACCCGAGCACUCUCACUCAGCUUGCUUCUUUUUUAAAAGUGGGUUGGUUGAGGCAAUUGGUGGUCUUUUUCUCUUUUGACGCAAGCCAAUGAUGAACGCUCACAUCAUUUUUGGGAUGCAAGGGAGGCACUGGUGAGUUUGCCCAUUUUAGUUUCCUUCAACUUGGCCAGCAUGGUUCCUCACAGAUCCACCAAAGGCGCAUCCAAAGCACGGCGGGACCACAUCAAUCAUGAGAUCAGGAAUAUGCGAGCCCUGCUCCCCAUCCCCUUGGUAGACCAGAAGCGCCUCUCCUACCUGCACUCAAUGGCUGCCGUGUGCACUUACAUCAGGAAGUCGGUUCUCUUGCAGGGGCUUCCCAGCGGAGAUGCCCUCCCCUGCUCAUUCGCUUAUGAGGCCUUUCUCCAAGCCUUGCAUGGUUUCAUCCUCGUCACUACUGUCCAAGGGAAGCUGGUCUACGUGUCGGAAAAUGUAUCGGAAUAUCUGGGCCUUUCCAUGGUCGACGUGCUUCAAGGAGACACCAUAUACGACAUGGUGGAAUGUGAGGACAUUGAUAUUAUUGAGCCCAUCCUGAAGGGGCACGAUGAAAAGACGUCAUCAUCAGAGAGGAGUUUUGUAUGCAGCAUGCAGACCUCCAAGACCUUCAAACAGCAGCAAAGAAGCUGCUCAAUGCUGGUUCGAGGCAGCUUCCAAUCCUUUCCGGAGCCUUUUCCAUUCUCCUCCAUCAGUACCGCUGGCAAGACCCUCUUUCUGGCCCUGUGCACCCCCACAGUGGACCGUCUCGGGGGUGUUGAGUCACACUUGUGCCCCAGUUUCCACAGUGUGCAUGAACUUGAUAUGAGCUUCACUCGGCUGUCAGACAGUGUUUUGUAUUUUAUGGGGUACUCGGCGGAAGAAAUGGUUGGCCGCUCAUGGUACAGCCUUGUCCACCCUGAAGAUCUAUCUUUAAGUGUGAACCAUCACAGACGUUUAUUACAAGCAGACGAGAGCCUGAAGGUGCAGAUGGUUAUGAGGCUUCAGUGCAAAGAUCUUUCAUGGGCCUGGAGCUACAUUUGUGCUACCAAAGAGUCUCAGUGCCAGACUGCACAUAUUUGCUGCACUAACGUCCUCAUCAGUGAAACAGAGGCCAAAUUUCUGGAGAGGAGAAUGAGUGACGAUGCUUUAAGGCCAUCAUCCCCGACAGACAGUUAUCCUCCCAGAAGCUGUAAGAAGCAGGGCUCUCCCAACAGCCAAAGCCAGGAGACGUGUUUGAAAGUCAGGGCGGAGUCUGAUGAAGAGAUCCACCAUGGCGAUAUUUCACCCCUUCCUUUAGGGGGCAGCCCUGCGUUCUUCACCCCUCCGUACAGCCCCGCGUCCUCGAGCUCUCCUGUGCAGCUGGAGGAACUGAACCUCGUCUUCCACAUGGAUGUGCACACAUACGCCGAUCAGCUGCUGUCCUGCCCGGAGGCUUCCCCUUCCUCCUACUCCUACCCGGAAGCUGCGCUUGCCUGUCACCUUUCACCUCACGGCUCCCUCCCCUCGCAGCACACCUUUGAUCAGGGAGUCUUCCUCACUUUCAAUCCUCUGUCUCUGGCCUCCCCCUCAUCCACAGGCUAUGAUUUCCCGGCUUGCGCAUCCGAUGCCAGAUUAGUUCCAGACGGCUUGGCAACGUCAGACAUGAGUGAGAGCUCCGGGGAUUGCGCCCUGCAUCAAGAUGACUUUAGCCUAUUGGAGCAGCCACAAGAGGGCAGCCUCCAACAAGUGCACCUUGUUCCCCAGUACAUGUUACCUGCCAGUCUUCCAACCCCCAGCCAGUCCCCUCUGUCCAUGACAUCUGAGCAGUACAGCCAGAUGGAGCAGGCGGAGAUCAGCAUUCUGGCUCAGCAGAUCUCCUCGUUGGCUUCUACUUUUGACAUGGUUGGUCCCCUCGAUCUGCUCCAAAGCGCUGACUGCCUGCCAUCCUCUUCCUCCUCCUCCUCCUCCUCCUCCUCCUCUUCCUGCUCACAUCAGUGGCCUAUCCAGGCUGCUAUCCCCUCUACCCUACAUAACAAAUUGCUGAAUGACGGCGUUUUAGAGAGCCUCCUCGAUGAUCUGGAUAUGGUCGCAAAGAUAGGCUCUGCUAUUCCCGACUUCAACUGCCCUCGGGAUACCGCGUGCGCCUCACAACACUUUGAUCUGCGAGGUCCCAGCCUGACGACCUCAGAGAAUUCACUGGCUCCAAACGUCGCUUUAGAUCCUUUCACUUUGCAGUUGGGAUGUCAUGACCAAAACACUGAGUUGCAUCAACUCAAUUGCUCAUUGCAGAGUAACCUGCAGCAAGACAGACUUGCUGAGGAAAACCUGUACUGAAAUAAGUCUGUGACUUACGACGCUGCCCUUUGUAUGACAUAUUGUCAGGAAAAUUGUCCUUCGGCGGAUUCUUAGAAAAGCACCGCAAAGAUGUUUGAAGGACAUGUUGUACUAAAAGAUCAUUUUUCCCCAAUGUGCAUGUCUGAAUGUCAAGUAUCUCCACAGUUUGAGAUUUGUCUUAAUUUCUGCAAAAUGCUGUCUUCUUUCUCUUCCAACUAAUGUCUUUAUUUUUUUUAAUGAAAAAGGUACUUUAAAAUGUCUGACCACAGUGAAAACAAAACAUCAGAAAGGAAAUAUUGUCUCCUAAGUGGCCACGCUUCACUAUUGAGCACUUUAUCACUGUCAUUGCCACGAGAGGGUUCGAAAGAAAACAGUGCUCAUUUCAAUGUAUUUUUUAAUUUAUUUUUAUAUUAAACCUUUUAGCGGAGAGCAUUUAUUGUCAUUAUGUUUGUGUGAAACUGGGAGAUAAGAAUAUCUUUCAUUUUUCAUGCCGUGAUCAAAAUAACGAUUGUUUCUACAACCUACCUCAGCGGUACGUCUCAUUGCAUUCCAAUUCUGGAUUUCCCCCAAAACUGAAUUGUAUUCAUUUAGUUGAACCCCUUAACUGUUUAAAGCAAAGCAAACUGUGAUUGGUGUAUCUUGUUUCACAUCUUAAACGGUACUAUAAAUAAAUGCUCACCCUUUGUUCGUGCUUUGUGUUUUUAAAUGU